UCUUCAGGAAUACGGACCAUGCACUAUGAAGGUGACCUAAUGGACGAGGCUGGAGUCCUGGAGUUCCUGACGAGCCUCGAGGCCAUGGAGCUUCCGGACCAGAUCGAGGAAGUCAACGCCAAGAUCCUUGACAAGAUCGUCGAGGAACAAGAGUUCGUGGCUGUUCUCUUCUGUUACGACGGGGAUUCCUGCAUCUCAGGAGAACAUAAGAACGAGUGCCGCCGCUGCGUGAAGGUCCUGCAGGAGCUGGAGAACGUGGACGACGACGCGGACCAGCUGGGGAUCGCCUUCGUCAAGAUCAACGACGCGGAACUGGCCGACGAGUACUCUCUGGGCGCCCUUCCCGCGCUCGUCUACUACCGCCGCCGCAUCCCCGUCGUCUACGAUGGUGACUUGAUGAACGAAGAUAAGGUUCUCGAGUGGCUGGUGGAGAACAAGAACACAGGAGAUGACGAUGACUUCAUCAACGACGUGACAGCGGGUCUCCUCAACACACUCAUCGACUCCAUGGACCAUCUCGCCGUCAUUUUCUACGACCGCGACGAAUCCGACGACACAGUGAUCCUUCAGGAGCUGGAGAACAUCGACGAUGAACUGGACGCCCAAGGAAUCCACAUCGUCAAGAUCGCCGACGACGUGGCUGCCAAGGACUACGGCAUCGAGGACACGCCCGCCCUCGUCUACUUCGAGCAUGAGAUCCCCUCGCUGUACGACGGGGACCUGCACAACGAGGAGGAGGUGCUGGCGUGGCUGGUGGAGCAGCUGCACACGGACGAGAUCGAGGACGUGACGGACGAAAUGCUGGACAAGCUGAUCCGGGAGUCCGAUCACCUGGCUGUCCUUUUCUACGACGAGGACGAGCCCGAGUCCCAACAGGUCGUGAACGAGUUGGAAAACAUCGACGACGAGUGCGAUGCGAGCGGCGUGUCCUUCGUCAAGAUCGACAACGACGACGAGGCCCAAGAGUACGGCAUCGAGAAGCUCCCGACGCUCGUCUACUUCGAGAAGGGCAUCCCGUCGCUCUACACCGGUAACCUGCUGGCCGAGGACGAGGUGCUGGACUGGCUCGUGCACCAGGUGGAGGACGACGAGAUCGAGGACGUGACCGACGAGAUGCUCGACCGACUCAUCGACCGCACCGAGCAUCUGGCUGUCCUCUUCUACGACAAGGACUCCCGCCGCAGCCGCAAGGUCCUGUCCGAGCUGGAGAACAUCGACGACGAGUGCGACAACCGCGGGAUCUUCUUCGUCAAGAUCGACAACGACGAGGAGGCCAAGGAGUACGGCAUCGAGGCCAUUCCCACGCUGGUGUACUUCGAGAGCGAGAUCCCGUACAUUUUCGAAGGCGACCUGAUGAAGGAGGAGGAGGUCUUAGAAUGGCUGUUGCAUCACGUCGACAACGAGGAGAUCGCGGACGUUACGGACGAAAUGCUGGACAAACUGAUCACCAAUGAACCCUUCCUGGCUGUUCUCUUCUACGACAAAGACGACGCCGAGGACCACGAGAUCCUCGGAGAACUGGAGAACAUUGACGACGACUGCGAACAAGCGGGCGUUCCCUUCGUCAAGAUCGACAACGACGCCGAAGCCAAGGAGUAUGGAAUCGAAGAGUUGCCCACGCUCGUCUACUUCGAGAACCGAAUCCCGAGUAUAUACGAAGGUGAUCUCUCCAACGAGCAGGAGGUCCUGGCGUGGUUGCUGCAGCAGAAGAACACGGACACCAUCGAGGAAGUCACGGACGAAAUCCUGGACGACCUCAUUGGGAACUUCGAAUACGUUGUUGUCUACUUCAGUGAGUUCUGGGGCGAGGGCGAGAAGUGCGACAAGAUUCUGGACGAGCUGGAGAACAUCGACGACGACACGGACGACCACGGCAUGCACUUCGUCACCACAGAGGAGACGUCCCUCGCCCACCAGCACGGCAUCAAGACCCUCCCCCCUGGCCCUCUUCAGGAACGGGUGCCGGUGGUGUACAAGGGCGACCUGGCCGACGAGGAGGCCGUCCUCGCUUGGCUGACGAGCGAGAACACCCUCGAGAUCCCCAACCAGAUCGAGGAGGUCAACGAGAGGAUGUUGGACAGGAUCCUCAACACGUCGGAUAACGUCGCCGUCUUCUUCUACUCCGAGGGUGACAAGAAGAGCCGAGACAUCCUCGUCGAGCUAGAAAACAUCGACGACGAGUGCGAUGACAUUGGCAUAGACUUCGUCAAGGUUUCGGACGAAAACAUCGCUAAGGAGUAUGAAGUCGUGAUCCUCCCAGCUCUCGUCUACUUCAGAAACCGCUUCCCCCAGAUCUACGAGGGCGACCUCAAGGACGAGGAGGCUUUGUUAGAGUGGCUCAUCGACAACAAGGACAAAGGACCAGCAUCUAUCAUCGAGGAGGUGGACGGCCAGAUGAUCCAGAGCCUCGUGGAGGGCUUCGAGUAUCUCGUGGUGUACUUCUACGACGAUAACUGCCCCACCUGCGAGACCGUCCUGGCAGACCUCGAGACCAUCGACGACGAGACAGACGACGUCGGCAUCCAGUUCGUCAAGACCAACGACGUGGAGGUCGCCGAGGACCUGGGCAUCAGCCACCUGCCCGCCCUCGUCUACUUCGAGGGCGGCGUGCCCAGCAUCUACGACGGUGACGACAGAGGCAUCUUUUCUUGGCUAAUUGCAGAAAAAAAAACAGUUGAGAGUCCCGCCAUUAGCAUGAGUUUCCGCAGGCUUCUUGAAGUAAAGGAGGGUGAUGAUGAGGAUGAAGGUGAGGAUGAUGAUGUAGGUGAGGAUGAGGAUGAUGCUAAUAAUGAUGAGGAGGAUGAAGCCGAUGAUGAUGAAGAUGACAAUAAGGACGAGGCAGACGAGGAGGGUGAUGAUAAUGAGGAGGAGGAAGAGGAAGAAGGUGAUGAUGAGGAUGAUGACAAUGAUGGUGCUGAUGACGAAGACGACGGUGAGGAAGCUGGGGAUGAAGAUGAAGAGGAAGAUGAAGAAGAGGAGGACGCUGGUGAUGAGGAUGAAGAUGAAGAAGCUGAUGAGGAUGAAGAGGAAACUGGUGACGAUGAUGAGGAGGACGAAGAUGAAGAUGAAGCUGGAUGA